ACAUGUGCCUAGCGCGCUGACGUCACUUCCGUGCAGUACAGCGUUCAUGUUUGACAACAAAUUCUACGUGGAUUUUGGGAAGAUCUUUUGCCAGUUUAAAUCGUCCAAUGAUGACUAAAUUACAAUAUCUGAAUGUGUAUUUGACUGAGCGUCUCAUGCAAGCUGCUGAGGAAAUACUAAGAGUUGUCGCAGACACGAUCUCCGAGUACCAGGAAGAAAUAUCCCGGACAAAGCGAGAGAACCAAUACCUUAAACGACACUUGAUCACACCUGUCCUACCGCCGGCCCCUCAGCCCAUUCUCUCUUGGGUCUCAGAGCCGCGAACUCCCCCUGAACAACAGCACUGUGAGCAGGAGUGGAGGCUCAGUCUUGGCCAGGAGGACCUUGAGACCACACAGAUUAAAGAGGAACAGGGUGAACUCGGGACCAGUCAGGAGGAAGAGCAGCUUCAAGUACCGGAGUCUGAUACCAAAGAAGACUCCAUAUCUACUCUUCCCUGUGUGAAAAAUGAUGAGGACCGACCUCAGCCUUCACAUCUUUCCAGAACCAAAACUGUGGAGAACAGAGUGAGGGAGUCUCUACUGACCAACACAACUGGACAGAUCAAAACAGAACCUGAUGGCUAUGGAGUAUCAGAACCAACCAGUGACUCCCCUCAGUCUCAGCCCGUCUCUGAAGUAAGUCCAGACUCUUCUAGAACACAAAGUCAGAACACUGAGAACACUGAGAACACAGAAAGUGUUCCUAUUGUUCUGAGAGAUCUAGAAAGGAGACCAGAGGAGGAUACAGACACACACUCAUGUACUCAGUGUGGAGCCGUGUUCUGUGAGCUAUCCCAACUGGAGGCACACAUGCCAUCCCACACAGCACCACACAGUGGUGACACUAGUCACAGGCAAAUCAUGUGCACAGUCUGUUGGAAGUCAUUCACCUCUACCAGUUACCUCAAGGUCCACCAGCGUUCUCACACUAAGGAAAAGCCCUUUCACUGUGGUGUGUGUGGCAAGAGCUUCAGCUACUCAGGGAAGUUUAGGGAACACCAACGGAUUCACACAGGAGAGAGACCUUACCGCUGCUACGUUUGUGGUAAACGCUUCAACCAGUCAGCCCACCUGAAGGCCCACCUGAGAGUACACACAGGGGAGAAACCCUACUCCUGUCCUGUCUGUGGGAAAGGAUUCAGUCAGUCCAGCCAGAUCAAGAGACACCUCAGAACUCACAUCCAAGAGAGGUAGAAUAAUAAUAACUUGGAGUGGAAAGAGCCCAUGAGUGGAUAAACAGUAACCUCGGAAGCCGCCUGAUCUCACAAGCUUUCAUGAAUGGUUCGCUACCACAGAAUCAGUCUGGUAAUUACGAGGCUAGAUAGACAGAGCCUUCUGUUCUCAAAGUGCCCAGCAUUUGGGAAGAGAAAGAAAGAAAUAGAUUUCUUAUUUUCAGUGCUACUAAUUCUACAGUAACAGUGCCUCAAAGUGUUCACACCCCAUAACUAAUUCCACAUUUUGUUGUUACAGCCUGAAUUCAAAAUGGAUUUAAAAAAGAAUAAUAAUCUCACCCAUGUACACACAAUACAAUACACAACCAUGUACACACAAUACAAUACACACCCAUGUACACACAAUACCCCAUAAUGACAAAGUGAAAAUCUAUUUUUGAAAAUUAAAUACAGAAAUAUCUCUUUUACACAAGUGUUCACACCCCUGAGCCAAUACUUUACAGAAGCACCUUUGGUGGUGAUUACAGCUGUGAGUUUUUCUGGCUAAAUCUCUCAGUUUCCACACCUGGAUUGUACAGUAUUUGUCCAUUUUAUCAUUUAAAAAAAUUACUCAAGCUCUGUCAAAUUGAUUGUUUAUCACAGCCAUUUCCAAGUCUUGCCAUAGAUUUUCAAGCCGGUUCAAGUCAGAACUGUACCUAGGCCACUCAGGAAUAUUGAAUUUGGUAUUUGUAAGCAACUCCAGUGUAGAUCUGGCCUUGUGUUAUAGGUUAUUGUCCUGCUGAAAGGUGAAUUUGUCUCCCAGUGUCUGUUGAAAAGGAUUUGGCCUGUGCUUAUAGCUGUUUUCUGUUUCUUUUUAUCCCCAAAAUGUCCUUUGCUGAUGACAAGCAUACCCAUAACAUGAUGCAGCCAGAAAAUAUGAAGCGUGGUACUCCGCGAUGUGUUAUGUUGGAUUUACCCCAAACAUAAUGCUUUGUUUUCAGGACAAAAAGUUAAUUUCUUUGCCAAAUGUUUUGCAGUAUUACUUAAGUGCCUUGUUGCAAACAGGAAUAUUUUUAUUCUGUACAGGUUUCCUUCUUUUCAUUCUGUCAUUUAGGUUAGUAUUAUGGAGUUACUUGUUGAUCCAUCCUCUGUUUUCUCCUAUUACAGCCAUUAAACUAACUGUUUCAAAGUCACCAUUGGCUUCAUGGUGAAAUCUCUGAGCAGUUUCCUUCCUCUCCGGCAACUGAGUUAGGAAGGACACCUGUAUCUUUGUAAUGACUGGAUGUAUUGAUACACCAUCCAAAGUGUAAUUAAUAACUUUGCUAUGUUCAAAGGGAUAUUCAAUGUCUGCUUUUUUAUUUUUUACCCAUCUACCAAUCGGUGACCUUCUUUGUGAGGCAUUGAAAAACCUCCCUUUGUCCUUGAAAUUCACUAUUCGAUUGAGGGACUUUACAGAGAAUUGUAUCUGUGGGGUACAGAGACAGGGUAGUCAUUCCAAAAUCAUGAUAACAGCUAUUAUUGAACACGGAAUGAGUCCAUGCAACUUAUUAUGCGAUUUGUUAAGCACAUUUUUACUCCUGAACCUUUUUAGGCUUGCCAUAAACUCAAAACAUUUCAGCAUCUAACUUUUUACUAAUAAAAAAAAAAUGACACAAGCAAAAUUCCACUUUGACAUUAUGGGGUAUUGUGUGUAGUUCAGUGAUACAAUCUCAAUGGAAUCCAUUUUAAAUUCAGGCUGUAACACAACAACAUGUGUAAGAAGUAAAGGGUUUGUGAACACAUUCCGAAGGUACUUUAAUUGUAAGACUAGAUUGUUCUAGAAUGUGUGAUGCGUUUCGCACCCAUUACUGAGGCACUGUAUAUCUGCAUUGAUUUGAAUUGAUUUAAGUGAGCUGAUAAAUAACAUGCUAUGUGUUAGGUGACACUAACUAUGUUUGAGAGAAAUAUAAUGUUCAUUUUGGUGCCAUCCCCUUUGAUGUCCUCUUGAUGAUUCCAGUUGGAGCUGUUUGGUCUCCCUGCAAAUCAACUAACUCUGUCAUAUUGAUUAAGUAUGUGUUGGAAUGUUUAUUUCUGAAUGUCUGUUACUGAAUAAAACAAGUGGUCACAUCAGGUCAACAAGCUAGAGUGAUCAGUGGGUCUGUUAGACAACCUGUCCUCACCAAUGUUGUUGUAAUACUAUGUUUGAACACUAGAUGGUACACUUGAAUUAUUUCUUAUUUUCAAGUCCAAAUGAAAAAUACUAAACAGACAAUACAUAGUAACGAUAAUAACAAGGCAACUACUAUCUAAUAAUUCAAUAAUUAUAAUAAUAAUAAAAACGUACAUUAACUGCAUAAAAAGGUUUUGUACAACUAGUUGUACAAUAAAAACUACCAAUAAAAACUACUAAUACAUCUAAUGAAUCUAAUUACUUAUAAUACAUAUAUAAUACAUAUAUAAAUACAUAUGUAGCCAGGCCAGUCAGUAUCUGACAUCUAUCCACAUCUGAGCAUGUCGGGAGAUUAUGUGGAAUCCGGCCACUAGGGGCAACAGUGAGCGCUGUUACCUUCAAGUAGGUUUCGGAUUUGGUACGGUUUUGGUAAGCAUCUGCCUCUGAUUCGAAAGGUUGCUAGUUCAAAUCCAGCAAUAGAAAGUUGUUUUUGAUAUUUCUGUUUUAAGCCUAUCCCAAACCUUAACCAUUCGGCGUUAAUGCCUAACCUUAAGAAUGAACUUAACUUAAUAUUAAACACUUUGAAAUGUGACAUUGGGAACAACUUAGAAAUUUUGACGAUUGAGAAACAUGGAUGAACAUUAAUUCUGAUGUGAGACUGUGAGAGCUGGUAGCCAUAUUUAUAAAUAUCUUUUGAUGUUUCUAUUAGUUAAAAACACAAACAGUUUGUUCUUAACAUUUGAGAAAUGGCUUUCUUAAAUUCACUGUGUGAUGCCGUCAGUUGGGCCUUGAAGUUGAGACUUCAACCCUCAUGAUGUUCCCUUGGAAUUUUUAAUUUCUGCUCUUGUUCGAAAGAAGUAAUGUGAGUCUUAUAAAGUGUGGUGUUCCUUAAUAAAUACUGGGAAAUGUAAGUUGAUUCAUUUCAAAAUAAAUUGGUGC